UACCAUAUGGUGGAAGCCUAAGUUUUGAUUUUGAAUGAUUGUUCUGUCACUGUCACAAAAAAAGUAUCAACCAAGACACCCCAUAUUUAUUUUUUGAUUUCACAAUUGUUGGAGUAGCUGGGGGGUGCCCUUGUUAUUGUGUUAGGUGCAACAGUUGAAGGAUUUCAAGACAUCAUCUUCAGAAGAAGCAAGUAGUAGUGGCCUUUGUUGCUGCUACAUGGGCAUGGAGGACAUGAUGCUUAUUGAGGCCUCUGGUGACUCUGAAGUUGAUUUUGGUGAAUAUGCUUAUGAAACUGAUGAUGAUGAUGCUCAAUCUUGCAGUUAUCAUCAUUCUGAUGAGAUUUGUGCUGCUGCUGAACUCAAUGGAUAUGAGUCUUUGAAUGAUGAAGAUGAGAAGAAAGAUGGUAUUUAUGGAAAUUCAUAUUGUGAAGAUGAUGAGAUGCAAGAACACCACAAGUCCUCUGUUUCUGAUGAUUCAGGCCAAGAAUUGGUGGAUGAGGUGGAAAAGAACAGGCUUUUCUGGGAAGCUUGUUUGGCAUCUUAAUUGUGAUGUGGUGAUUGCUAGAUUUCUGAAUAAUUAUCCCAAAGGGGCUUAGCUUCACUAGUAUAGUAGUAUUUUUAUUCUUCAUUUUUAAGAGAUGAGGGAUCAAUUAAACAUGUCUAAAAGGUAUAAGCUUUCAAUUGUAUGUAUGCUUACACAGAUUGGUUUACACACAUUUUAUGAUUUCUAUUCAAUCAAAGUUUCACAAGUCGUUUCUGUGGGUAGUUUUAUAAAUUGCUUGCAGAAUUUAUUAGACUGCAACAUCAUUCCAAUAAAAUUUUAGCUA